CCUCGAUGCUCUCUCUUAAUAAUACCAAACCUUCUAUCACUCUCUCUCUACAUUUCUCUCUCCACCUCUUCGAUUUUUCUCUCUCUUUCGCUCUGCCCUCGCUCUUAGGGUUUCGCUGCUUCGGAUGCGCAAGGAGUGGCACUUUGAAGUCGUUUAUGGAUGAAAGAUGUUCAUUAGAAGUCAAGAAGGUGGUGUUUUACUAUAUUUUGGUAUAGUGUGUUUUUGAAGAAUUGUUCUCGUGUCCAUGGCUGCUGAUCAAAGGAGAAAACGAGUUAAUGGUGCAAACAUUGCUGGUUAUGGUUCCAGAGAGCAACAAAGGAUCAAAAGGAAGAAUUUGGGAUUAGUUCAAAAUGAUUUAAACAUGAGAUCUCACAUCUCUGUUGAGUGGGAUGGUAAUCAGAAAAAAGUUGUUGCUAAGAGGGAACAGGUUGGCAUCAGUUGGAGACAAACCAAACCAUUUAUCAAUUCUGUUGCCAAUGGUCACAAACUCGUGGCAGAUGUGCUUACAGUGCCUCAAGAAAUUUUUGACUUAGACAACUUAAGUGAUGUGCUUUCAUACGAGGUUUGGAUGACCCAUCUUUCAGAAAAUGAGAGAAACCUUCUCAUGAAUUUUCUUCCUAGUGGCUUUGAGCCACAUCAAGUUGUGGAAGAUUUGCUUGCUGGGAUUAACUUCAACUUUGGAAACCCCUUCACGAAAUGGGGUGCUUCGCUUUGUUUAGGUGAUCUUCAUCCAGAUAUGAUUGUUUACCGGGAACAGCAUCUUAAAUCUCUAAAGAGGGAAUACUACUCGCACAUACAUAAUUAUCACAAUGAUAUGAUAGGAUUUCUGUCCAACUUGAAGCAAAUCUGGCAAAACUGUAAAGAUCCAGAAAAGGAGAUUGUGCAAAGGAUAUGGAGGUCAAAACGUGUAGAGAAAAGAAUACCCUCAAAAGUUAUUGAAUCUAGAGUUUAUGAUCAUGAUGGGAAUGUUACAGGGACAUCUGAGUCAAUCUCCUGGGAUGCAGAGGAUAAAGCAUGCAGUAGUGACAACCAAAUUUCCUCACUGAGAAAUGAUGAUAAACUUCAAAGAAGGGUGCUUGAAAAGGACAUUGUUAAAGGUAAGUCCAGAAAUUUGAUGGAUACUUUGGACAGAGUGCCUAAUGUGGGAGAAAAGCCCAAGACAGGAGACAAACUGCCCAAACGUAACAGUCAUUCUAGUGAUGGAGACAAAUACAUGUCAUAUAUCAAGAUUAGUAGGCAGCAGCAUGAACUUGUUAAGAAUAUGAAGCAGUCUGGUAAAAGCAUUCAAUCUAGGUCCCUUAACCGUGUUUUGGGUAACCUUGAAAAAAUUAAUGUACAACCAUACAAUAUAUUUGUCAAAGAGGAAAAGAAGAAGUUGCAGGAGCGUUGGUUGCUACUAGUAAACAAAGACCUCCCUGAAGCAUAUGUGAAUUGGAAAGAGAGACAGAGACAAAGACAUGCUGUGAUAAACUCUUUGGUGGCAGAGAUGAAGGAUAGAUCAAAUUCAUUCAUAGAGGAAGAGGAUGAUGUAAACUCAGGUAGUGAACUUAAGGAUCAGGAUGAUAUGAAUUCAGGGAGUGAACUCCAUGAUCAUGUCACGGGCAACAUUAAUUCAGGGAGUGAACUUCAUGAUCAGGAUGAGGACAUGAACUCUGGGAGUGAACUUCAGGAUCAGGACAAUGACAACAUGAACUCAGAGAGUGAACUUCAGGAUCAGAAUGAGGAUAGCAUAAGCUCUGGAGGCAAGCCGAAGGAUCAGAAUGAUGAUAAAGUCAAUGCAGGAGGUGAGGUACAGGAUCAGAAUGAAGAUCAGGGGGAGGAUAGCGUAAACUCAGGUGAUGAGCUUCAGGGUCAGGUGAAGGAUGGAGAUCAGUCUGACUUGAAGGAUGAUGAAGAUUUUAUUUCUAGGUCCCCCGAGCAUCAGUCCCUGCACAAUUCUUAUGUUGGUGGUGAUGACGAGUUCAACCCCAUGACUGUGGAUACAGAAAAGAAUCUUCUUUUAUCAAAAUCAAAUAAUACUUCACCGAAUAAAGAUGGGUAUUCAAGGAAUAUGAACUCUCGGGAUGUUUCUGUUGAUGAAGGAACGCCUUUCUCUUCCAGUGGUGAUGUCUGGCAAGGAGUUGAAAUGCCACACUCAUACUAUGAUUCUGCAGUGACUCAUGAGUACACUGCCAGUGGGUUAUCAUUGGCUAAUCCUCAAGCCAGUGAAGAGCAGCCAACCCGUAUAAUUGAUCUUGAAACUGAUUUGUGUCAAGAGACCGGGAAAGAGUUGUUAGGUAGGCAAUUAGAUGAUGGUACCUUCAGCUCUUACCAAAUCCAGGAUCGAAGUGUCUUACUUCCAUCUCUCUUUAAAGGCGAGGGGCUGUUACCGUAUCAUCGUCAACAGAAAGGAGCUGAUUUAGAGUUCCAGACUUCUAACAAUGUUAUGAUGGGUGAUGGUCAAUUUUCCAGUCAUUUCAAGGAGCCCUUACAAACGUCACUGACAUUGGACCAGGGCCGCAGGAGAGCUACUGAGGUUUUCAUGCCAGAAAACAUGUCACAUAAUAUUUAUUCAGAUGGAGGAAGGUACUCAAUCCCCAGGCAAGAUCCAAUGAUCCCCAGACAAGAACAAUUAGUACCCAGGCAAGAUCCAAUAAUCUCCAGACAAGAACAAUUAAUGCCCAGGCAAGAUCCAUUGGUUGCAGUAAAUAUGACGGAUUGGACUUCUAAUAAUGCUCGCAUAGCUGGGCCUUCCCAAUCUCACUUAAAUACUGGAGAUUUUAUUGGUAAUCAUUGGUUUCCUGCCGAUCAACAAAUUCGUGGUGGCUGGAACGGAUCUGACAGUGGUAGUCUUUCAAGUCAAAGUCUUGGCACUGGAGCUAGCUCUGAUCAGAGUUUAUUUAGUAUUCUGUCAGAGUGUAAUCAAUUACGUUCAGGUAGCUCUUAUGAUUCAGUUAGAAAUACUGACCAGUUUGUUGCACACAGAACUUAUGGAUUAGUAGAUGCAGGUACGCCAAGGGUGAACACAAUUGGACCACCGGCGGCUUCUCAUCCAUUAGAUUACUUCACCGGACGUGAAGCAGCCAGUGGUCUGGUGCCUGAUGAUAUGACAUGGAUGAGCUUGCCACAUCAGAAUUCAUCAUUACAUGAUCAAAUGGGAAAGCCAUACCUAAGAUCAUGGAACCGGUAGUGAAUGUUUUACCAAAUGUUAGCUAUGUAAGCUUGACAGUGAGAAGAAGUGCACAGUUGUCCAUGUGAUAGAAUUUUGACUUAAGCAAGAUCCAGAGAAGGUGGGUACACACAUACCCUGUAAGAUGAGAUAGGUUUCUGUACAUACCUAUACUGAGACCAACUCAACACCAUGUACAUAUCUAGAUAUUAGAUGCGCAGGAAAGAAACCAAGGUUAUUAGGCAAGUUACAUAUUUUAUUCUUAUUUUUUAUUUAUUUUUUUCUUUGCUUCUAGAGAGACAUUCUUUAAUAAUUUUGGAAGUAAGAAAUGCUGGAGGCUGCUCCCUCUUUUUUGAGUCA